AUCAGAAAGUAGAAAUGCAAUGUGUGGAGUUUUAAAGAUGAAUUUGUGGGUAAAAUAUCGUCUUAAACAGCAAUUUGACGACAAAAAGUGUUAUUAAAUGAUGGGGAAACAAAAAUGUUCACACUGUCAACUCUAUAAACUAAAGCGUUACAUCAAGGAGGACAGACCCUCUCGCAUGAGGUCAUAUGUAGCCAAGCAUACCAUUGACCUCUCAACUGUAGAACUCUCCAAACGCCGCAAUCUUCUCCACUAUUGUAGUAAAUAUGGACUUGGUGGUGUGUGUCGGUAUUUACUAGAAGUGGGUGUGAAUCCCUAUAGUACAGAUGAAGAUGGUAAUACACCCGUACACCUAGCUCUCCAUCGGGCACUCAAGGAAUCAUGCACCAAUGUUCACACAGUUUAUAAUGAAGUGAUCCUGCCACAGCUAGAGAAAUGUCCAUUUCUGACUGAAGAGGUUGAUGAUUAUGGGACAAGCUGUAGGGAUCUGUUAGACCGACUUGUGGAAAAACAACAACGUCAGAAAUCAUCAAACCAGGAAUUUCAGACAUGGUUUGAGGCACCAGAGACAGUCGACUGUUCUUCUCCAUCAGAACAUGAAUGGCAACAAAAGAUUUUCCAGGAAUAUCACUACGAGUGUGAGCAAGAGGGCAUGAAAAUCAAAGUCUCUGAAUACUUUGAAGGAGAUUUUAAUGAGGAGACCUAUGAUGAGUGGUGUGAGAGGAUGGCCAGGGAAGUUCAUAACAAACGUAAAUACAGUAACACCGGCCAGAGAUCUAAAGAAGAGCCCAAAAACAAGAAAACUACAGCAGAGGAAGAUUUGGAAAAAGCUCGCGAAAAGAUGAAACAGAAAUAUGAUGAUGAACAAAGGAGAAUUAAGGAAUUACGAAUCAGACAGAAAAAACAAGACUAUGAGGAAAAUAUUAAGACUUUACUUUCAAGUAAAGAUGUAGAACUUAUAGGUUUUAAUGACAUUCCAUGGCCCUUUGAGUCAGAAGUAACAGAUAUCAGUAAAAGACUAUUCUGUGACAUAGCUCCAUCAGAUAAGGAGACAUAUCGGAAGUAUCUCCGGGAGCAACAAAUCAGGUGGCAUCCCGACAAGUUUCUCCAAAAGCUUGGACACCGCAUCAAGGAAGAAGAAAAAGACUGCAUUUUAGAAAGAGUUAAAGAAAUAUCACAGGAACUCAACAAGCUGUUUGACUCAUCUUAACGUUAGUCUUUUUAGCCACAUCAUUAGAGUAUACAGGCCCAGGGUAGUUGUAUGGCAAUAUGUUAGUGUAGUGUAAAAGGACUGGGUCAAUAUGCUUGUAAUUAACUGUCAAAUAAGGUCUACAUAACUGUAACACCGCUGACAGGGCAUACUUCAUUGGCUCAGUUAGCAGAGCCCUCGAUAAUCAUGCAGUACAAUAUGGUGCAAUAUCUCUCUGCAGGUAUAAGAUUUCACAGUUCUAUUACAGUUGUACAAUUUUGUUACCACAUUGUAAAAGUAUCCCAGGUAGUUCUGUGGCUCAAUGUUACUAGUACAGCUUUGUAGCCACAUUGUAAGGGUGCAGUUAUGUGGCUAUGUUUGUAGUAAAUCUCUGUAGACACUUUGAGUAUACUGGGUAGCAUAGAAAAAGCAUGAUCCUGUGUGAAGGUAUCUUGUAAGAAACACAAUGACUUGCAAGAAAAUUAAUGUUUUUGGUUAGCUCAACAUCAUAAAUGUAUGUGUGUGUUGUAUGAAAAUGUGCUUCAUAACUCAAUGUUUUAAUUAGAAUUCAGCAUUACUAAACAUUUUACUGUGAAACAA